CGCUCGUUUAAAACCACACUGCGCCGCAAAGAACAACGACAGAGAGGAGGAGGAAGACGACAGACGACGAGAACAACGAGACCGAGAAGACGCCUUUUCUUGUCCUUUUUCCAGAAUAUUCCCUCCCCCGGAUUCCUCACAACAUCUCACGCCGCAAAAACCGAGACGACGUUUUUUUUGGGGCUCGAAAACGGACCGAGUCUCACCUCCAAAAUCUAGGUCAGGAGGACAAAAAAAAAACUGCUGCUUUCUAUGUAAAAUUCAUUCAGAUUCUCGGCUUCUGCACGCCGCGUUUUGUACAAGGUUUGAAGCAGCUGCUGCAAAAAAAACGUGGACUACAUCGGCGCACAGAAAUCUGUUUUGUAACCUCGGACUUUGGGUUAGUAACAUCCCAUCCUGUGGCUUUAUUUCUGCAUAGCGUAGUAUAAUUUUUCAUACAAUUUUCUCUAUGCAAAUCAGAAAAAAACGAAGCUGAUCAGCCACAUUUUUCUUGCAAUAUUGGCGUUUUUGUGCAAUAAUUAAACAAAAAAAAACUGCCUUUAUCGUCCUGGAAACCUUGAAAUCCUUGAAACGUUUUUGAACCGCAGAAGACGUCUUAACAUGCAAAUUUUAAUCGUUUAAUCUAUAGCAAUUGCGUUUUUAUCAAGCAAAAAUUUCUGGAAAGUCUUGACGAUAAACUACUUGAACUUACUUUUAAAAAAACGGACUAAGAACUUCAAGGAAUGCACGAUUUUUGAACCGGCGUUUUGACUUUCGAGCAGCGUUUUUUGGACCCAUUUUCUCUUCAUCCUGGGGAAGACUACGCUGUUCCACUCUCCCCGCCUCCCCCCCUCCUCGUCCGCAUCUUCUUCUUCGCUUUCGACGUCGUUCAAGCCGAACCCGUCGUCCCACUGCCUGAGGUGGAGGAGGUUCAAGCUGCCCGCGCCGCUCGCCAUGCACAUCAAGAGCUCCAAGUGCAACCGAUUCUGCCUGGUUGCCUCGGUAACCAACCAGGAAGUGUUCACCCGCCCGGACGCGCAGGCGAGCUUCGAGUCUUUGUUCCGAUCGUUCGACCCGGAGGUGCAGUUCCAGUAUUUUAAAUCCUUUCGCAGAGUCCGGAUCAGUUUCAGCGACGCUCUGGCUGCAGCGGAGGCCAGACUCCGGCUUCACAAGAGCGACUUCAACGGCAAAGAGAUGAGGCUCUACUUCGCACAGUCGGUCCACAUUGGGAGUCCGCGUCUGGAGCCUCCUAAACCAGAUAAGCAGUUCCUGAUCUCGCCCCCGGCCUCUCCUCCUGUGGGCUGGGAACAGUCUCACGACGCUACACCCGUCAUCAACUACGACCUGCUCUGCGCCAUCUCCAAACUCGGGCCAGGUGAGAAGUACGAGCUGCACACGGCCACGCCCACCACCCCAAGCGUCGUCGUGCACGUGUGUGAUGACGACAGCUCCGCCCCCGACGACUCCGACCACGACGACAGGCCACGCCUACCCUCACGCCCCAAAAUCGUCCAGACGCGACGCCCCGAUUUCACCAACCAGUGACCGAAAAAAGUCUGUCGUCAUCAAAAACCCAAAACGAUGGAGAUUUUGUCAGCUUCAUCCUGAUUGGUGGAGAAUUGUAAAGCUUGGAUUUGAUUGGUCGAGAGCGGCGCAUGCUCCGAGGGCGUACGGGAAAGUGGCGUAGGGGGGGACUUUAUUUAAAACGGCCGCCCAAAAACAGGUGAAGAUUAAGCGCGUCACGAAAGUUUGAUAGUUUGACGAAAGAAAGAAAAAAUACGUAGUGUCCAGUUCUGCUUUUAAUGGACAUUUCAAAAACACGAUUUGUCAUAAAAAGUUAAUUUGCAGUUUUGGAAAAAAAAAGAGAGAUUUGCGUUUCAUUGUGUUAAAGUCGGAAUUUUUAAAGUUAUCGAGCGGAAUAGGUAAAAACAAUAGUGGAGUAUCAGGAAAUAGGUCAUGCUUUUCCAACUUUUGCUCCUCUUUUGUUUAAAUAGUUUGUUUUUUGCUUUUAUUUAUGAUUUUCUUUUUAAUAAUACUUAAUGUACAUUGCCAUUGAAUUGUCGAUUUACAGUUUAUUUCAUUGAGUGCUGUUCCUCGUACUGUUUAAAAUAUUAAUUUAAACGCAUAACUCACUCCAUUUUUACUUAUAAAUCUGAGUUUUGUAACUGGUAUUUUUGUUUUUAGUGAACUUGAUACUCAACUUUGGAAAAUAAUAAAAAAAAAUGAAUAAAUAAUUACUAACAAAGCGUUUUCUUGAUUUAAAAAAACUAAUGUUCCACUCUAUUUGUGAUAAUUGUAGCUGGAAUUUUAUCUAAAAGUUAAAUUACGUAAUACAGUGCAAUGAUAUGACACCAUUCAGCUGAGUUCAGUUUCAUAAUUUUUUUUGUUUUCUUUGUUUUUGUUCACAUACAAUUGUUACGACAGUGUAUUUAGAGCCCUCAGUUGUUUUACUUCAGACUAGAAAAUUGCACAAAUAUUGCACAUUUCAUUGUUACAGCCAUUCUGUCUAUGUCUAACUGUAAUUCACAACUUUUAAAAUCACAACAAUGAAAAAGUAGUGGUUUAAAAAGAAAAAUACUGUACAGAAAAUACGCCAUUUGCGAAAUGUAUUGGACAAAAACUGUUAACCCAUAUGUCUAGAGUGCAAUGAAAGUUACUGUACGUUUUAAGAGAUUUUAAAGAUGGCAAAUGUGUCAAUAAAUGUUUUUUCAUUAAAUCACAUGUAAAAUUAUGACUUAUCUUGUUGUGACCGCCAAUGCUGUAUUUCCAAGGACUGUUUGAUAUUUGGUUACAUAAAAAUGCAUUUAAUAGGUUUAUUUCAUGCUUUUUAUAAUGGCAGUAGUUGUUUUUUGAAUGUAGACAAAUGAUACUGUGGAUUAUUAUGCUAAAAAUAAUACAAACGUUGGUUGUUGGUUGAGAUAAAAUACUUGAAGUGUUGUUUCACAAAAUGGCUAUUACAAAAUGUACUGGGAAUGGUUUAAAAUGCUCACUCAAAAAUAUUAAAAUGUAUUCAUAGA